AUGGUGUCAACUAUAUAUCCUGAUGAAUUAGUGGAUUUGAUUUCACAGGAAAUUGCUUACGAAGGUGGGAAGAUAGCUAUUGAAAAACUUUACGAGUUGAGUAAAAAAUUGUUGGGUAAUGACGGGGACGAUUCUUUGAAUGAAUUCAUCUUACAUUCUAUUUUCUCAAAUAAAGACAUUUUGCUUUAUAAGAAUGGUGAAGUUUACAUUGGCAACGAUUUACAUUCCAAUUUUAUGGAGAUUCAAAGUUCGUUGUCUGAUUUCGAUGCAAGAAUCACGGAAGAUAAACUAUGGGAAAUACUCACAGGAUAUAAUAAGAAAGAAUGUUCAAUUGGUAAUUCAGCUUUUGAAUUACUAUUGGAAAUUGCAAAAUCAAGGAAAAAAGGUAUCAACACAAAGGAUUUAGCUAAUGUAACAAAACAGGACUCUCGUAGUAUCACAGGGAGAAUAAAAAAAUUGGGUAAUUUAGUCACAGGAAGCCAAAUUGUUUAUAAAGGUCAUGUAGUUAAAUUAUUAAGGUUACAAAAGUUCUCAGAGGAUAUUCCACAUGAGGAAAAACCUUACAUAAGUUUAAGAGAGUCUUUAUCGACUAUCGUUGAUGUAGUUAAAAAAUCCAAAAAUGGUAUACGUCAAACAACUGAUUUGAAAAGAGAGUUGAAAUUUGAUCAAGAUACAAGAGUCUCAAGGUCGUUCUUAACAGCCAUCACUUGGUUAGAUGAAAAAGGUUAUUUAAAAAAGGUUUAUGUUGUGUCGCCUACAAACCCUGAUGUCAAAAUUAGAUGUGUAAAAUAUUUAAGAGAUUAUCAACAAGAAGAUAAAAAUUCGAAUGAUUUGGAUUUCGACAGUGAUAAUGAUGAAGAUGACAUAACUACAGAUGAUAAAAUCGAAGCAGAAUUGGAAGACAAUUAUGAUGAUAUUGACAACAUAAAUGCAAUGCAACUAUUGCAACAAGAUGGCCUCAUGGUAGAGGACUCCCCUUCUUCUUCAUUGGUUAAACAUAGACAAAAUUUCCUGCUAAAUAGAUUUUAUCCAAUUCAAAAUCAAACUUAUGAUUUCGUAGAUGAAUCAGGUGUUAAUGGUGUUUCAACCAUGGAUACUGUCAAUAAUAUAACCGGUAGAGACUAUCAAAGAAUUUUUACAAAAUCAAGUGAAUAUUAUAUUGAAACUGUAGGCAAACAAAAAAACAAAAUUUCAACAAAUUCAAUUGUUCGUGUUUAUGAUUUCGAAGGUAAGAAAAAGUUUUAUAGGCUUUUCACUGAAAAUAACUUCAAUAAAUUAACCGGUAAUAAAAUUUCAAAAUCAGCAGGGGUUCUAAAACCUAUUACAAACCAAAAUACCGAUCUAUCAAAACUUAAUAAGGAGGCGUUUGUACCAUUGAAUAAUACACUAAGAUUCAUUUCAAAUAAUGGUUCAGACCAAUUCUUUUGGAAUGGUGAAAUAAAAGUGCCAGAUAAUCCUAAUUCAGUGCCACGCAGUCGUAAGAGAAAAACGAUAAACAAUUCAAGUGAUAAAGAAAGUACAGAAUCAACUCCAGGUCCUGAAAAUAAAAGAAAGAAGCAAGAGACAAAUGAAGAUGUCACAUCAAUCGAAAAUGCUCAACCUGAACAGGUUACUGAAGUUAAUGUUACCCCUCCCACAACAAUCGCAGAUGAAAAGGUCGAAAUCAAGUCUAACUCAGGGUUAUUAAAUAUUGGUGGAUUUUCGGCAGGUUCCUUACGUUCACUAAAACGUCAAAUAGCUAUUAUAGAAGUUUUACAGAAGAUGGGCGGUGUAUGCUUUAUGAACGAACAAUUAUUAGAAUCACUUACAAAGCAUAUGAAAUCUAUAACUAUAAUUGACAAAAAAACUAUACGAGGAGACAUGGAUUUGAUGAUUGAAAGUGAUAAGCUGUGCUUUAAAUUAGAUGUCAAUACGGGAAGACGUUUAAUAUAUCUACCAGAGACCACAGAAGAACAAAUAGAUCAAUAUAUUAUACAAGAAAAAGACAAUAAGAAACUGUAUGAUACUCUACACAAUACAGAUAUAUAUUUCUUUGAUCAAACGCAAAAGAAUAAAUUCCAUAGAGGUGUGAAAUCAGCAGAAAGAAUUCGUAAAUUUCAGAAUAAAUCUUCAAGUAGACACACCGAAGGUACAGAACCAGGUGCUAAACCAAAGAAAAGAGUCAAAAGAACCAAAGCUGCUGAGAAAAAAUCAAAAAAGAAGAGCACAGAAUCACAUCUUCCUACUAAAGAAAUAUCUGCACCACCUACAACUCCAAUAGAUGAUAUUUCUAAUUUGAAAUUCCACUUGGGUAACAAAAUGGGUAUAAAGGCUUUGAUACAAUGUGUCGUGAUUACUAAAAGUAUUAAAAAUGAAAUUGGGUGGGAUAAGAUUACAGCACUUUUCCCCAACAAUUCCCUUGAUAAUUUAAAAAAGCGUUGGACAGUUUGUCGUGUCAGAAUGGGAUAUGAUGGUUGGAAGGGUUAUGUCGAUAAGUGGAAGAGAAUAUUAGUUAAAGCCAUUGAACAGGAAAAAGUCUCAAUCGAAGAUGUUGAAACAUUGGAACUAACGAAAUUGGUAAGUCUAUGGCAGCACCAUGAUGGUAUUGAACGCAAUAAACCUAUCAAACUCUAUAAGAGUUAUGACCAAAAUAUGAAACAUCAUACUUUUAUAAGAGUCUCCCGGUCUCUAGAUACUUACACAAGUUUGUCAAUGUCUUCUAUGGUCCAAAGGGAAGCCUCUUUAUUGAAAAAAGUUUAUUCCUACUCUUCUAGUAAAAUUUCCAAUACAAAUGAAGGUAAAUUAACCGAAGGUGAUGUCAAAUCGAUAAUUAGAUCGAUUUUAAUAGAUGAAACGGAAACAAGCAAAGAUCAGAUAGAAGUUUUAAACCACUUUCCUAAGGAGGAUUUGGAUAAAGUUAUAAUGGAUAUGGCAAAACAAAAGCAGCUGUACUUAAGGAAUUCUAAGCUGGCAUCAACAAAUGCAGUAAACGAUAUCCUGACGUCAAGAGGAAAUUAUGAAGCCUUUGAAGAGGCAGAGAAAUACAGAACAAAACUUGAAGAGAUGUUAUCAUCAAAACAUGGUAUUAUCGUUAGUGAAGAAGUAAGGGACGUUUCAUCCUGGAUUUUAUUUGACUUGAUUUCAAGAGGUAAAGUUUUUAUGGAUGUGGUACCAAUUGAUAGGAAAAUAAAACCUUUAAAUUACAGUACAAGAAGGUUUGAUGUUACUGCCUUAACUCCACCAUUAAUUGUAGGUGCGCUCAAAAAUGAAAUGAAAAACAUUUGGAAAGCAAUCGAAGUAGCAAUACCAAUGGGCAAGCCUUAUUCUAGGUUAUGGCUAGAUGGUGAAGGAAACAUUAGGUCGAAUAUUUGGAAAAGUUUAGUAGUUAUUAUUAUUAAUGAAAUCCUUUACAACCCUGGGAUUACGAUUAAGAGACUAAUUAGAAACUGUAAUGAUAUUGUUUGCGAAAACGAAAUCAGUGAGAUAUGUGUUUGGCUAAACAAAAAGGGAUUAUUAUAUGAAACGCCAUAUUCUGGUUACAGUUUAUCGCACAAUUGGUAUACUCUUUUGAUGUAA